CAGCUGCCUGCUGACGUCUCUGGGAGCGUCUUCUCUGGGUGCUGCUGCCCCUUUAAGAAGGCGGGGCUCUGCCGAGGAAGCGGAGCAGUCUCGUCCUCCGGAUCUCCGGCUUCCGGCAACUCGGCUGGACCAGUACCGGCGCGGAGCUUCUAAGGCCCGAGCCUUUCCGGGAUCGGCUGGACGCCGAACCCCGCGAGGUGAGGCGGCCAGGUCUGCGGGGCCGGUCAGGGGCUGAGGGGGCCCAAGAUCUCCUGCCGCUGCGGCCCAGCUCCUCCCCUUAAUCCACUGCCUCUGCUUCGGGGUGUCCCAGGCUGCAGGGUCUCCAACACUCCAGCACCUACUAAUCGCCUGGCCUUGCGCUGAACGCCUUACACGCACUGUCUCAUUUAAUGGCCCCACCACCGUGUGAGUAGGUACCUUUAUGAACCCAUUUUACAGAUGAGGAAACUGAGGCCCCCGAGGAGCGCACACACAACAGAGAAGCAGCAGAAUCGGCAAUCAAACUCAGAAUUUGGUGAUGCUGCCACUUCUCUAGCAGCAAACCCAGAUGUCACCACAAUAAGCAUUGAAGAUCCUGGUGAAACCCCAAAGCAUCAUCCAGGACCCCCCAGAAGCCCAGGGAGAGAAGAGGAUGAUGAGUUACUGGGAAAUGAUGAUUCUGACAAAACUGAGUUACUCGCUGGACAGAAGAAAAGCUCCCCCUUCUGGACAUUUGAAUAUUAUCAAACGUUCUUUGAUGUGGACACUUACCAGGUCUUUGACAGAAUAAAAGGGUCUCUUUUGCCAAUACCCGGAAAAAACUUUGUGAGGCUAUAUAUCCGCAGCAAUCCAGAUCUCUAUGGCCCCUUUUGGAUAUGUGCCACAUUGGUCUUUGCCAUAGCAAUUAGUGGGAAUCUUUCCAACUUCUUAAUCCAUCUGGGAGAGAAGACGUACCAUUAUGUACCCGAAUUCCGAAAAGUGUCCAUAGCAGCUACAAUCAUCUAUGCCUAUGCCUGGCUGGUUCCUCUCUCACUCUGGGGUUUCCUCAUGUGGAGAAACAGCAAAGUUAUGAACAUCGUUUCCUAUUCGUUUCUGGAGAUUGUGUGUGUCUAUGGAUAUUCACUCUUCAUUUAUAUCCCCACAGCAAUACUGUGGAUUAUCCCCCAGAAGGCUGUUCGUUGGAUUCUAGUCAUGAUUGCCCUGGGCAUCUCAGGAUCUGUCUUGGCAAUGACAUUUUGGCCAGCUGUUCGUGAGGACAACCGGCGCAUUGCGUUGGCCACAAUUGUGACAAUUGUGUUGCUUCACAUGUUUCUUUCUGUGGGCUGCUUGGCGUAUUUUUUUGAUGCACCAGAGAUGGAACAUCUCCCAACAACUAUAGCUACUCCAAACCAAACAGUUGCAGCAGCCAAGUCCAGCUGAUGAGAAAUUUCAUCUUAUAUGGAGCCACCGGGGUCUUGGAAAAUUUAUAAAUCUGACCAUGCCUUUGAGUGUGUCACUCUGCUACUUAAAAAAAAAAAAGUUCUGGCCUCCUGUUGUCUAAAGAAGAAAAUUCAAACUCCUUGUAUUGCCGUGAUCUACCCCUGACCUAUUUGUCCUGUUCAUAUGCUGCACUGUCCCCUUUAUAAACUCAUGUUUCAACUACCACACACUGCUUUCCAGUUCCCAGAUAUUUAUACGUCCCUCCGUAUCCACUUUCUCCUCCUUUAGUGCCUAAAACAGUGCUGUCACAGAGAAGAGAGGAAGAGGGUGGGUGAAGGUAGCUUUGGGAUCUGGGUUGGAGAAAGUCACUGGGUUUCCAAGGAAACAAAGGAGAACUUUUAAAAAUGUCAUCUACCCUCCAAUAGUAAUCUCUAUGAGCAAAGAAAUCAGAGCUUGAGGCUGAAGAUUUUGGGAAUUGCUGGCGGCGGACGGCUCUGGUUUUGAAGUUUACCUCUAGACAUAAACAAACACCCUUUUCUGCAGUUUAGCUCCUUUUUGUAGGGGGGAAUUCUUUAUUUUGAAAGUUGCUCUUGUUUUUCAGUUCUCUUUUAUGUUUUUUGGAGCGUGGUUCUUUUGGACAUGGCAUCCACUAGAGGAAAGCAGAAUGACCAAAGCCAUCAGGAAAAUGGAUGGGAUGGCACAAACCCCCAACAUCUGGAUGGUGCCACCCUGAAGCCUAAUCACCUACUUAACAAACAAAAUUAAAUGUUGUCCAGCACAUGUGUCUUUCAGCUCUUCUUUUUCACUCAUUGAUUACCAUUGUGACUAUGCGCUGAUUUGGAUUGAAAUGUGAGGUAUAUUAGUCAGGGUUCUCCAGAGGGACAGAACCAAUAGGAUACAUAUAUAGAUAUAUGAGAUGGGAUUUAUUAGGAAAACUAGCUCAUGUGAUUAUGGAGACUGGGGAGUCCCAUCACAGGCCAUCUGUAAGCUAGUGACCCUGGGAUGCUGGCAGCACGGCUUGGUCCAUGUCCAAAGGUCUCAGAACCAGGGAAGCCAGUAGCGUAACGCUCAGUGUGAGGCUGAAAGCCUGAAAACUCGAGGGGGCCGGUGGUGCAAGUACUAGAACCCACAGGCCAGAGAAUCUGGAGUUCUGAUGUCUAUGGAGGAGAAGAAGAGUGUCUCAGUUCCAGGAGAGAGAGAGAGGAAAUAGCCGUUCUUCUGCCUUUUUUGUUUUAUCUGGGUCCCCACUGAUUGGAUGGUGCCUGCCCACAUUGAGGCCCACAUUGAUCUUCUGCACUCAGUCCACUGAUUCACACACCAGUCUCCUCUGGAAGUACCCACACAGACACACUCAGAAAUAAUGCUUUCUCAGUUCUGUAGGUAUUCCUUAAUCCAGUCAAGUUGACACCUAAAAUUAACCAUCACACAAGAGAAGGGGUUAGGCAUGCUCAGGUGCCUCACCAUUUGCCUCCCACAGUCAUAUGAGAAGCUUCACUGUAUGUAGGUGCACCCUUAAUACUUGAAAUGGACCUGUCCUUUCUGGGAAUUAUGUACAGAUUACAUGGGUGACCCUCUUUCCAAAUGCAUGCCAUCCUAAAGUAACCAAACAGUAUGAACCUUGGGAUUAAUUGGGAACCUGAAAAUUUGUCUUUGGUAACUGGACAACUGAACCUAAUGGUUGUAAAAUAAAUAUCUCAUAUAA